AUGGAGGCCGGCGAGGAGAAGCGGCACCUGCUCCACGAAGCCGCCGGCGGGUCCUACCUGGGGGUGUCCCCCAAGGCCGGGCACAGCUCGGCGCACGCGGCGGCGCCCGACGCCGUGGAGCUGGGUCCCCAGCGCGGGCGGCACUGCCACGCGCCGCGGGCCGCGGGCGGCCACCGAGGCCAGCGGCGCGCGCGCAGGAAGCUCUACGUGGCCGCCAGCAUCUGCCUCGUCUUCAUGGUGGGGGAGGCCGUGGGCGGCUACCUGGCGCACAGCCUGGCCAUCCUCACGGACGCCGCCCACCUCCUCACGGACUUCGCCAGCGUCAUGAUCAGCCUCUUCGCGCUCUGGGUGUCCUCGCGCCCCGCCACCAAGACCAUGAACUUCGGCUGGCACCGCGCAGAGAUCCUGGGGGCCCUGCUCUCCGUGCUCUCCAUCUGGGUGGUGACCGGCGUCCUCGUGUACCUGGCGGCCCAGCGCCUGCUCUCGGGCGACUAUGACAUCCAGGGCGAAGCCAUGCUGGUCACCUCGGCCUGCGCCGUGGCCGUCAACGUGGUGAUGGGGCUGGCCCUGCACCAGACGGGCCACGGGCACAGCCAUGGCGAGCAGCCCAGCGCCAGCGUGCGUGCCGCCUUUGUGCACGUGCUCGGGGACCUGCUGCAGAGCCUCGGCGUCCUCGUCGCCUCCUACAUCAUCUACUUCAAGCCCGAGUGGAAGUUUGUGGAUCCCAUCUGCACCUUCCUCUUCUCCGUGCUGGUGCUGGCGACGACGCUGAGCAUCCUGCGCGACGUGCUGCUGGUGCUCAUGGAGGGCACCCCGCGGGGCAUGGACUUCAACGCGGUGCGCGAGACGCUGCUGGCCGUGCGCGGCGUGCGGGCGCUGCACAGCCUGCACCUCUGGGCGCUCACGGCCUCGCAGCCGCUGCUCUCCGUCCACGUCGCCAUCACCGAGGACGCGAGCGCGCAGGCGGUGCUGGAGGAGGCGCGCGCCCGGCUGCAGGGCGCCUUCCGCUUCCACACCACCACCAUCCAGAUCGAGAGCUACUCGGAGGACAUGCAGGACUGCCGCGAGUGCCAGUCCCCCCGCGACUGA